UGCACUUCCGGGGUUGGUGGAGGAGCUUCAGCGGAGAAGGCAAAAACAACAGGCUCCCCGAAAACGACCCGUAGACUUGGCAGCCCUGAAUAGUUUUUAAUAUAGAUAUAUAUAUAUAUAUUUAAUUAUACCAUACACAAGCUGUAAGACUCUACCAGGUGGGAGCCCUAGAGGAUGAAUUUCUUCAGGGGAGUGAUAGGCGGUCAGCCAGCGGGGCCGCAGCCCUCGGGUGCAGAGACGAUUCAGAAACUCUGUGAUCGGGUGGCAUCUUCUACCCUCCUGGAGGAUCGCAGGGAUGCAGUCCGUGCUCUGAAGUCACUGUCAAAGAAGUACCGACUAGAUGUUGGCACACAGGCAAUGGGUCAUUUGGUUCACAUACUAAAGACUGACAGCUCGGACUCUGAAAUCAUCGGGUAUACCCUGGAUACGCUGUACAAUAUUAUUUCCAAUGAUGAAGAAGAGGAACAAGAUGAAUCAGAAGACGAGAACUCACAGAAGCAGGGAGAUGACCUUGGCGUUCAGUUCACUGAAAUUUAUAUCAAGGAUUCGGAAAAUGUGACACUCCUUCUCACUCUCUUGGAGGAGUUUGACUUCCAUGUGCGAUGGCCAGGGGUGAAGCUUCUCACUGCCUUGCUGAAGAACCAGUGUGCUCAGGUGCAGGGGAUCAUCCUCGUCAGCCCAAUGGGUGUUUCCAGAUUGAUGGAUCUUUUAGCUGAUUCCAGAGAAGUUAUUCGAAAUGAUGGCCUGUUGCUGCUGCAACAAUUGACAAAAGGAAAUGCAGCCAUUCAGAAAAUAGUUGCUUUUGAAAAUGCCUUUGAAAGACUUCUUGAUAUUAUCACAGAGGAGGGUACCAGUGAUGGAGGAAUUGUGGUGGAAGAUUGCCUGCUACUGUUGCUGAACCUCCUCAAGAACAACAGCUCUAACCAGAAUUUCUUCAAGGAGGGCUCCUACAUCCAGCGUAUGAGGCCGUGGUUUGAAGUAGGGGAUGACAACUCGGGCUGGUCAGCCCAGAAGGUCACCAAUCUCCAUCUCAUGCUGCAGCUUGUUCGCGUGCUGGUUUCUCCAGUCAACUCCCCAGGGGCGACCAGCAGCUGCCAGAAGUCCAUGUACCAAUGUGGUCUUCUGCAGCAGCUCUGCACCAUUUUGAUGGCCACUGGCGUUCCUGCCGACAUUCUCACCGAGACCAUUAACACUGUGUCGGAGGUAAUUCGUGGAUCACAGGUCAACCAGGACUACUUUGCGUCGGUCAAUGCGCCCUCCAACCCCCCAAGGCCUGCAAUCGUGGUUCUCCUGAUGUCUAUGGUCAACGAGCGGCAGCCAUUUGUGCUGCGCUGUGCUGUCCUCUACUGCUUCCAGUGCUUCCUGUACAAGAACCAGAAGGGACAAGGAGAGAUUGUGGCCACGUUGCUGCCAUCCACAAUCGAUGCCAACUCUAUCUCGGCGGGCCAGCUGCUGUGCGGAGGCCUGUUCUCGGCUGACUCGCUGUCCAACUGGUGUGCAGCAGUGGCGCUUGCCCAUGCCCUGCAGGACAACCCCACCCAGAAGGAGCAGCUGCUGCGGGUGCAGCUGGCCACCAGUCUGGGCAACCCCCCUGUGUCACUGCUGCAGCAAUGCACUAACAUCCUGUCCCAGGGCGAUAAGAUUGACCGGAGGACAAAAUCAGAAAAGGGCAGCAAGGUCCAGACCAGGGUUGGGCUACUGAUGCUUCUCUGCACCUGGAUUAGCAGUUGCCCCAUUGCCGUCACACACUUCCUGCACAACCAGGACAACGUCCCCUUUCUGACGGCCCAGAUCUCUGAGAACCUUGGUGAGGACGAGCGACUGGUGCAGGGCCUGUGUGCUCUGCUGCUGGGAAUCUGCAUCUACUACAACGACAACUCCCUGGAGAACUACACCAAAGAGAAGCUGAAGCAGCUGAUCGAGCGGCGAAUCGGGAAGGAGAACUUUGUUGAGAAGCUGGGCUUCAUCACUAAGCAUGAGCUCUACUCCCGUGCCGCCCAGAAACCACAGCCCUCCUUUUCCAGUCCGGAACAGAUGCUAUUCGACCAUGAGUUCACCAAGCUGGUGAAGGAGCUGGAAGGCGUUAUUACAAAAACAGUGCACAAGUCCAGCGAAGAGGAGAAGAAGGAAGAGGAGGUAAAGAAGACCCUAGAACAGCAUGACAGCAUUGUGACCCAGUACAAGGAGCUGAUCAGGGAGCAGGACACAGAGAUCAAAGAGCUGAAGGAGAAGGUGUCCGCCUUGACGUCUCAGAAUGAACAGAUGCAGACAACAAUAGCGCAGCAGAUGUCGCAGAUUCAGCAGCACAAAGACCAGUACAACGUCCUCAAAAUAAAGCUUGGAAAAGAUAACCAGCAGUCGAGUGGCCAGGCUGAAGGAGCCCAUGUGAAUGGCCUGCAACUGGAGGAGCUGGAGGAGCUGCGCAGACAGAACGCGGAGCUGCAGACACAGCUGGCAGACAAGGACACGCUUAUCACCAGCUUGAAGUCAGAAGGCACUCAGGCAGUGGAGGGCUCAGCAGGACCUUCGGACAGUGCAGAGAUCCUCAAGGAGCUGGAGAUGCUGAGAGGUCAGACACAGUCGCAGUCUGCAGAGAUUAGCCAGCUACGUGCUGAGAAACAGGACCUUCUGAGGAAGACGGUGCCCGGGGAUAUUUGUACUGGCCAAAGCGCUGGAAACGAAGCCAAAAUGGGUGAACUAGAGAGUCGGCUCUCAACACAGACUGGGGAAGUCGAGAGGCUGAAGGAGGAAGUGAAGGCCUUGUUAGAGUCCAGGGCCAGCCUGGAGCAGCAGCUGGCUUCUGCCAACAGUACGGUGGCUAUUCUGCAGACAGAGAAAGACAAGCUGCAGAAUGAGGUGGUCGAGUCCAAAAAGGAGCAGGACGAGCUGCUUGUGCUUCUGGCCGACCAAGACCAAAAGAUCAUGGCCUUGAAGCAGAAGUUAAAGGACCUGGGCGAGACGAUUGAAGAUGAAGAUGAUUUGGAUUCCAAGGACCAAUUUGAUGAUGAUGAUGAUGAUGACGACGACGAGGAGGAGGAUGAGGAAGAUGAGGAUGAGGAAGAUGAGGAAGAUAAUGAAUAGACAGGAACUUUUACCUCUGGAGAAAGACUUAAAUUGCCCCAUUUAUUAAUUAAAACAUGUAAGGGUUAGGUCUUAAGUUAAAUCUUUAAUUUCUUCGAAACAUUGAACACUCAUAUUGCUCACCACAGUUUAGUUUUAAUUUCUAGGUUUUAAAGCGGCCAGAUAGCAGCCAGUUUUCCAGCUGCACAACGAAUAGCGCCAAAAGUGGCACAGUUUUGUCCAUCUCAGUUCCAUUAGACAAGAUGUCAAAAGCUUUUUAAAAACAAUUCCAAUAUGCAAUUUGUGGUUAACAGGGGGUGCUUUGUGUGGCUGAGCAAUGUUGCUGCUUCAGUUUCCAAACCUGGGAGGCAGGUAGGGUCGAGGUACCCUCGGCUGGGGGUGGCGCUAGGUGAACCCUGAGCGCCCCGACAGCACAGGACGACGGUCCGACCCAAAUUAAGGCGUGCCUUCUCCCUUCCCUCUCCAGCAUUUUAGUAUGUAUGCUCUGACUGAUGUUUGUGAAGUCGAUGCUACUCGGCCUGACCUGAGUACUCCCAUGCUGCCGUGGCGAUGAUUUGCUAGUGUUGGCAAUUGCAAGAGAAAAAAAAAUAUUUUUGCAAGUCUCUUCCUAGUCAGGUAUUCAGAAUCAAAUUUUUUUUGUGUAAUUUAUCGGCAUGUAAGCCACCUGGAAAUAAAAGAAAAUACAAGUAGGUAAAAGAAAUGUGAAUAUUUAAAUUCAUUUGCAGCUUUAAAAAAAAGUUGAACCAAGUCUCAAAGGGAUUCACCCUGUAGAAGUGUGGAAGCGGAAGUACCUUUCACCUGAUGCUGCUGCCAGGAUGCUGGUGAUAUGUGUAAUGUAGCAUGAAGACACUCUGCUCUCCGCCUGCUCAUCUUUACAGGUUUCAGUAAACGGCAGGUGUGCUGAAGGUGCUCGGAACAUUGCUUGUGUGAGAUGUCAAAUCUUUGAACAGUUGAGUGAGCGUCACUAGAAGGUUACCUGCAUAGUAUGAUAUGGUUAGAAGAUGGAGGAGCAGGGAUCAGCUUUUCACUUUCUUAUGGUUUAUAUCUGUUUGGAAAUUAAUGUUAAAAGGAGCAAAAGAAUAGGUAAUAAUACUUAGCCUGAAUCAGUAUCACAGUUCUAUUGUGAUGACUUUCAUUCAGCCAUCAGCCAUGAAUCCCCAUCCCUGCUGUUUUGUACAGGUGACCUUGAAUGGAUUACUGAAGCAACUAAACACCACUUUUCCAGUGCCAUAACACUAAUGCAGCACGUUCAGUUUUCUGCCUCCGUUAGUUGACUAUAUCUGCAGAAUGUUGUAUUUUGUGACUUUCUUUCUACCACCUUUAGAUUUCUAUUGAACCGAUCACAAAACAGUGGCAUCAUUUCUUUGUUCUGUGCAUAAAUUUGUUUGACUAACAUGAUUUAUGUGUCUCUUUAAGAGUUUGUAAUGCAGCUUGUUACUACAUCUGCUUCACCCAGUAGGGUAGGAUUUGGAUGAACAGGUUGGUUUUUCCAGCUUUUUACGUCAUAUGAUUAUGGAGAUAUAGCUGUCGUGCACCCUCAGGUUACACCCUACCUGACCCUAACACACAUGGGUCAUGUGUAUUCUCCUGUGUCUUUGCUACCUGGUAACCAGGUCACUCCCAUCUCUUUGAGGGCAUUAACUCACCACCCUUCUUCUAGACCAGGGAUUCUCAGUCUUGGUCAUCAUGGCUUGCUGUGUGUGUUGGCUUUUGUUCCAGCUGAGCUGUUAAUUGUUUUAAGUUAUUCAGUAAAUUGGACGGGUUGUCACAUUGCACCCAUCGCACUAGUUGUGAUGUGUUCGGACCCAAGUAGUCGAAUA